AGCCCGACCCCCGCCGGGCCUCACCGCGCCUUGGGUCCUUUGCAGGGCACGCAGCUCAGGAAGCCGCCAUGGACCGCGACGGCCCCGCAGGCAGCCCCCUGGUCGCUAGGAACGAGACCGCGCCCGCGGUUGCAGCCACCCGCGACUCGAGCCCGGGCCGGGCAGGGGCAGGACCGGCGGGCCCCGGCGGCGGUGCGCGCCUGGGGGGCGGGCGGCCGGCAGCAGCGAACGCUGCGCGGGAGCGAAGCCGCGUGCAGACUCUGCGGCACGCCUUCCUAGAGCUGCAGCGCACGCUGCCGUCGGUGCCGCCGGACACCAAGCUGUCCAAGCUGGACGUGCUGCUGCUGGCCACUACCUACAUUGCCCACCUCACCCGCAGCUUGCAGGACGACGCCGAGGCGCCGGCAGACCCCGGGCUGGGCGCCCUGCGCGGCGACGGCUACCUACACCCUGUCAAGAAAUGGCCCAUGCGAUCAAGAUUAUACAUUGGUGCUACUGGUCAGUUUCUGAAGCAUUCUGUGUCUGGAGAAAGAGCAAAUCAUGGCAGUACUACAACAGACUCACAGCCUUAGGCUCUCCUCUGAUGGGUGCUGGUAGAAAGUGGCGUCAUUUUUAAAUAGUAGGAAAUAAUUCUAUAUUUAUUACAUCAGACAUAACAAACAUCAUUCCUGAAAGUUCACAUGUGAAUCCAUGGUUGGAAGUUCAGAUUUAUCUGUCUAAUCUAUAUAAAUAUGGAUUUAAAUAAUUGGUCUUGGAUAAAACACCCAGCUUAUCUAUUCAUUGUGAGAGAUAGUCACUACUGAAUACUGUAAGAAAAACUAUUGGAAAAAAGAAAAACACCAAAAUCGAAGAAUUGUGUAUGUAUCCAGAGACUGUACAUGUUUUCUGUAGUAUAUCUAGUACACGCUGAGAAGCUGAUACCUUAAUAGUCUUGACACCAGUAUUCCAUUUUUGUGAAAACCGGUUUGUGCUUAAAGUUGGUCUAAGAAGCCAUUUCAGUUGGAAAGCAUGAGAUCAUUUAUUCAGUUUUAGCUAAGUACGUGUGAAAAGAUUGUUGAGAUAAUGUGAAGUUGCAGUAACUUCUAUAACUAGUUAUUUUUCCCUCUUAGAAAACUUGGAGUAUUAGAAUAGUUUGCUGUAUUGGACAGGGCUUGGCCACCUUCCUAGAUGACUAUUAAAUAUCUUACUAUGUUUCCAAAUUGUGGAAGGCUUUUGGAAUCCCUGCAGCCCAGUGUGAAUAGCAGAUAAGUGUCACUGGGCAGAGGGUUUGUCACCCUCCUCCCUGGUUACUUCACCUCCAUCCCACCCGUGUUCAGGUCCUGGACUAGAUGAGCAGGUGCAGCUGCAGCCAUCUUACAGAGAGCCAAGCCUGUCAGGGGCUUCAAGUGAGCGCCCAUGACCGUUGACAGUCACUGCUUUGGCUAGGCUCCUUCUCUCCCUUGUCAAUUGCCAUUCACAAUCUACCUACUUGGCCAUUACGAAAUAUGAAAAAACUGGGGUGCCUGGGUGGCUUAAGUCAGUUAAGCGUCUGACUUCUCAGGUCAUGAU